AUGCGCGGUCGCGGCGGUCGCGGAGGGCAGCAGUAUGGGCCUCAGGUCUUUGCCGCUGACGUCCCGGCCGUCGUAGAUGAACGGCUCGCUUCUCAUGACGAGCUCACCGCUAGAUUUGCUGCUGUAGAGAGUGGACCAGAGUUGCCGCUCCCACCUGCCCCCGGAACCUCAGGAACCCAUAUCACGCUUCGGACGAAUCUGCUCCCUACGAACUUCGACGCCAAGACGUACUUUGAUUACGAGCUCAAGUAUGAGCCCGCGAAGUCCAUCUCAGGCGAUCGCAAGGCACAAGUCCUCGCACUCGUCGAGAAGCAUACCGCUUUCGCCAAUUACGCCGGGCAGGUCGCCCACGAUGGGAGUCAGAGGCUUUUAUCCGUUGCGAGACUUCCGGACCCGUUCUCCAUCGCCGUUGAGCUUGCACAGCAAGGCAAGCCGGAGCCACAGAGCAUCACUGUCGAGUUCGUGUUCAAGCACGAGCUAGACAUGAGUCUGCUACGCAGGCAAGUAUACCACCCAACAUUGUAUGCGGACGGCUACCUAGAGUGCAGAGACAUGGACAUACAGCUCUACGUUUCUGCACUCCAGCUUGUCACUCAGCAGCACGCCCGACACACUGGUGUCCGCAUCGGCAGAGACAGCGAGACCCGCUUCUUCUUCCGGUCGCUGACCGAACGCGCGCCGAUUUCGUUGGGCGGCGGGCUCGAGGCCUGGAGAGGGUUCUUCAUGUCCAUCCGUCCGACCUUCAACCAGGUGAUGACCAACAUCAACCCCGGCAUGGCGCCGUUCUACGUGCCCCAGAACUUGGCCAAGGCGAUGUUCGCCUCUAUGGACGAGAACAGGGGUCUCGUCCACCCGGACUUCGGCAGGAAGCUGAAGGUAACCACCACCUACCAGGGGUUCGAGAAGACAUGGACGAUUCAGAGAGUUCUUGAAACGACGGCUCAGACGACGUCUUUUUAUCACAACAAGUCGGAGAAGACAAUUCCAGUUGCAGAAUAUUUCGCAACAUACCCCAACAUCAAGCUGCGGCAUGCCAACAACCUUCCGCUGGUCUGUGUUCAAGAGAAGCCGCACCCAAUUCACAUCCCCGCAGAACUGUGCGAGAUCCGCCCCGGUCAGCCGUACUACGGACUGCUGGUCGGAUCGGCGACGACCAUCAUACUCAACGAAUCCACCAAGCCUCCGAACGUCAAUGCGGAGAGGAUCAUGAACGAGGGCUUCCAGUAUCUCGGUCUCGGGGAGGACACGGACACCCCAGCGAUGAAUGCGUUCGGCGUACACGUCGAACACAAUAUGUCGGUUGUCCCUGGCCGCAUCCUCCAGCCGCCAACACCACAAUACAAGGGACACAGCCCCUCAAGUUUCCAGCCUGGGUCGUGGAACUUCGCCCGGAUGCAGUUCCAGGUGGGCGGGAGAGUGCCGAGCUGGGGGGUCCUCUUGGUAUUGCAGGGAAAUGACAAUGUGUUCGCGGGGGCGAAUGACUCUAGCCUGAGGCCCUUCUUGAGAGCAUUCGUGGACCUGUGCAAGAAGAGCGGUCUGGGCUUCCCUGCGGCGGAUCCGCCAAUUAUCGAGGCGCGCUUACCGCCCAACGACGACCGCUACCGAAACUCCGCGAUCCAUUCCAUUCGGACGACGCUCACAAACCACGUUAAGAGCGCGCGGCCGCAGCCGACAUUCAUCUUGGUGCUCCUCGCGAACGAGGAUAGUCGCAUCUACUGCGGACUCAAGCGGAUAUGCGACAUGGAGCUCGGGGUGCACACGAUCGGAAUGCAGCCUACCAAAGCGACGAAUCCCAAGGGUCAGGGCGCGUACUUCGGCAACGUCGCACUGAAGCUAAACAUGAAGCUCGGCGGCGUGAACCACAUUCUGGACGCGGUGUCGACGAAGUGGCUCAAGGACACGAUGCUGAAGGACACGAUGCUCGUGGGUAUCGAUGUGACGCAUGGCAGUAUGAGCAGCAAGGCGGGCUCCCCGUCGUUGGCGGCUAUCGUUGCGAGCGUGGAUAACAACUUUACAAACUACCCGGCGGAGCUUCGCAUGCAAAGACCUGCGGAAAGUAAAGAGUCGAAGGAGGUUGUAGCGGAGCUGAAGGACAUGAUGGUGGGCCGGUUGAAACUCUACAAGCAGAAGAACAAGAAGCUCCCGACGCAGAUCAUCGUGUAUCGAGACGGUUUGGGCGAGAGCCAAUAUCGACAGACUAUCUUGGCUAGGGAGCUCCCUUCGAUCCGCGCCGCCUUUAGCGAAGUGGUGCCGCCAGGAUCAGAGACCUAUUCACCCAAGGUGACGAUCGUUGUAUGCGUCAAACGCCAUCACACGCGCUUCUAUCCCACGGAGAAAAUGCACAUGUCGUCGAAUGGGAACACGCUUCCUGGGACUGUGGUGGAUAAAGGUGUAGGAGAUCCGUUUCUCUUUGAAUUCUACCUCCAGGCGCAUGUCGGCUUGCAGGGCACGGUGAAGCCCACUCGCUACGUCGUCAUCUACGAUGAUAUCGGCUUCUCCUCAGACAACCUUGAGAAGGGCACGCACAUGCUGUGUUACCUCUAUCCGCGCGCCACCAAGGCGGUCAGCCUCGUCCCGCCCGCGUACCUCGCUGAUCUGGCCUGCGAGAGGGCCCGAGACUGGCUUGACACGAUCAUGAAUACCGGAGACCAGUUGUUGGAUGUCAGCACCGGUCAGGGAAAGGGGAAGAGGCAGAGGGCGACCGAAGAGGAGAAGACCCAGGUUAUAGAUGAAGCCAUGAAGAUGUGGGGAAGUGGUGUGCACCAGAACCUCAGAGAGACCAUGUUCUACAUCUGA